AGACAUUAUGGACGAGGAAUUUAUUAAAGUGAUGCUUUCAAUAGAGGAAGCCUAUCAAAAUCUCAAUAAGCAUUAAAAAAUUAGGGUUGAAGCUUGGACUAAGAAAUUAUGUCAAGUGACUACCAAUGAAGUUUGGAAAAAGAAUCGAAAUUUAUAUGCUCGCAUCUUAUUAAAUCAAGUCUCAAAGGGAACACUUUCAGAACCUUUUGACAAAAGACCUCCUGAGGGUCCCUUGCCUAAAUUAAAUAGAUAUCUAGUUUUGAGUGAUUAGAAAGAAAAUGCACGUCCUCAAAUUUCCAAAAAAGACACACCCUAUUUUGAGCAAUAAUAACCAUAAUAAUAAUCUGCAGAGUGCCCAAAUUUAUAAGAAAAAAUGCUAAAAUUACUAAUUGAUUGCAGAUAAUAUUUAGAGAGAAGGACUGAUCAAGAAGUAUAAUUCAAAUUUGAUUUUAAAUUAGGCAAUUUUGCUAAAAGAAUAACAAGAUUAGUUCUUUGCCUACCUUCAAGAGCUCAACCAACCUUACAUACUUGAAUAGAUAGAUGAGAAAACAGAAGAAAGUGAAGACUAGUAAAAAGACACAAUGCAAUUUUUAUAAUAUUUGGAUAAUUUUGAAAAGAAAACAGAAAAAUUGAGAGUAGAAACAGAAAAAUUGCUUCGCGGAAACAAUAUUUAAUAUAAUGUUUGA